GUUGCCCUGAUGUCGCUGACACCCCCGUGCCCUGCACAUCGCAGCGCGUCUGGCCCAGUCUUGACCCUUUUCCCACUUGGACCGCCAGGUUUCUUUACAAUCAGCUGCCACUGGCAUCGAGUCGCUAUCUGAAGAAGACUCCUCCUCCUUCAGCAGUAGCAUGCCCAUAGUCUCCCUGGCCAAUGAUUCUUCUACAGCAAGCAGGACUUCUUCCUCAUCCUGAGAAGCCUUCAUCCCUUCCUAUGUCAGUGGCUACAAGGCCAAGAGCCAGCUCACCACUGUCCCCACCAAAGUCUCUCGGACUGGGGCCUUCCUUUCAUCACACACAAGAGGAGGAACUUGCCAAGGUGGUGGAGCAGGACCCUAUGCUGGAGGAACUAUGUAAGCCCCUGUGCUGUAAGCUUUGCAAUGUCACUCUGAACUCGGCCCAGCAAGCCCAGGCUCAUUACCAGGGUAAGAACCACAGUAAGAAGCUGAGGAAUUACUAUGCUGCCAACAGCUGUCCAGCACCUGCCAGGAUGAGUAAUUCUGUUGAGCCUGCCCCACCUCAGGUUGUCACCCUUCCAACUCAGAUGGGAUCCAGCAAGCCAGGUGGCCGAGUGAUCUUGGCUACAGAGAAUGAUUACUGCAAGCUUUGUGAUGCCUCAUUUAGCUCCCCGGCUGUGGCUCAGGCUCACUACCAAGGGAAGAAUCACGCCAAGCGGCUGCGCCUUGCAGAGGCACAGAAUAACUCGUUCUCGGAUGCCUCAGAACUAGGCAAACGAAGGGCAAGGAAAGAAGGGAAUGAAUAUAAGAUGAUGCAGAACAGGAGAAACACGUAUGCGGUUCAGAACAACACAGGUCCCUACUUCAACCCGCGCUCGCGGCAGAGGAUCCCCCGUGACCUGGCCAUGUGCGUGACGCCCAGCGGGCAGUUCUACUGCUCCAUGUGCAACGCUGGGGCCGGCGAGGAGCUGGAGUUCAGGCAGCACCUGGAGAGCAAGCAGCACAAGAGCAAAGUGUCCGAGCAGCGCUACAGGAACGAGAUGGAGAACCUGGGCUACGUCCAGUGACGCGCCGCCCUCGGUAGUAGUUUGCAACUAGAGCAGCUUGUCUCUCGCCUGCUGUUUGCCACGUGCCCUGCUUUGUGCUCCAUUGGGUAGGAGUAUGCUCUGAGCUGUACAUGUAACACCUGCAAACUUACUGGUAUGGUUAGGUUUUUUUUCUAUCAUAGUCGGCAGGAUGACGCUGUGCAGGACAUGAAGUGUUUUUGGUGUUUGUUUGCUAAUUAUCUAAGGCUCUUCAUUGUGUUGAGUGGCAGGGAGGAACUGUGUCUUCUCCCCGGCCUUCUGCAUGAAUAUGCAAAGCCCAAGAAGUGCUGGAAACUUCUGUGGUCCUACCACGUGGGUGGACCGUGUGUAAAGCCCACUCCCCUCUUGGCACACCACAGAGCAGUGCUCCAGAAUGCUUCCCUAUGGCAGACUGACUCUCUGGGCAGCUUGUAAAAGAGGGGAAGGAGUAGGGCCUGUGAAUGUGUGAAUUAGGUGGUGUAUUUGUCUACACUUUGCUGCUUCUGGCCCCCAUUACAGUCCAGAGUAGGUUCUUUCCACAUCCUUGUAGAAAGGCUGUGCAUACCUCUUCUCCUGGGAGGAUCUUUCCUCUUACUGCUUCCUCUGCGAUGCAGAUUCCAUUCUGAACAUCUGACAUGGAUUUCAGCUGACUAGCCCCAUUCAGAAAUACUCUUCUACUCUUGCUAUUGUUGCCUGGACACCUUAAUAUACCAUGGGUGUAGCUCAUCUCCCUGAUCUCUGGGGAUCUCAGUGGCUUAAUGAAGUGAACUGGAAAGCAAACCUGCUCAGGUGAGAUGUGCUGUGCUCCGAUUCUGCCUUAGAAUGAGUCAGGUUGAGAAUAGAUAGAAGGAGCUCUCAGCUGUGAUUUCUUUGCAUGUUGAUGUAGAAGAGAGGAAGAGUUGGUCUCUGGCCUGCAGUCCUUGCUCUGGAAGAGCAGAGCUGCCUGGACUCUGGGUAGCAGAUAUUGGUGUGUCCCACAGCCAUGCCAUUCCCUGGGCUAAGCCUAAUGGGUGUUUAUAGAGCAAAGAUGAAACUUCUAGCUUUGAACUAGAACUACCAAUAUUGGUUGAUUUCCCCCCCCUCUUUCUUUUUCCAUCUCAGGAUGGGUUUUAAUUCCAUUCCUUGAUGUAUACUUGACUGUUCCAGGGACCAUCAAAAAUCCAAAGUUAUGUAGGAUUUAAAUGUCAGGGUGAUGAUUGACUGUUUGAGUAACAGCUUUUUGGCCUCAUGGAAGUAUUCAAGAAACUUGUUAAGCGACUUUUGAAUUGUAGGCAAACUCAGAAGGGGUGUGUGUGUUUGUUUUGAUAUUCCUUAGCAAAAGUAGGAAGGGGAAAAAGAGCAGAAGUAGGGUUGUUAAUUAUUCUUCUGCUUGUUUGGGUAGAUGUGAGGAGCUGUGAUUGGAGUCCAGUUCAGUGUCAUUAAACAUGGUCUCCAGUGGCAGGUGCAGCAUGUCGGUGGCUUUUGUUGGACCUGAUCCCCCACUGUGCUGCUGGAACUGUGCACUGGUGCAGCUUCACUGACUGCAGUGGCAGGUGCAGAGAGAGGGUCCAGGAUGCACCAUGGCUCAUCUCUCACCCCUCUUCAGGCAGCUGGAAUUGGAUGCAGCUCCAUUAGUUUCAGUAGGAUUUUAGCAGGGAUGAAUUGUUCCUAGUGCAUAGUGUUGAAGGUAGCUCCCCCCUCCUUUUAUUGCCAUUCUGAUCCUGCCUCUUGCAUUCCAGAAGGACUUUCUGCUUGCCUUAAAAAAUGAAGAAUGAGUAACAAAAAAAUCCAGAUAGUCUUUAUUCAUCUUCCUAGUCCACCUUCAAAAGGUCUGUUGCACUUGGCUGCUCCUCAGAAAUUAAAUGUUGUUUUCUUCAGCUCCCUGAAUGAGCAUCAGGGAGCCAUACAACCUGAAUGCAGCCUUGCUGAAUCCAGGCAAGGUGAGUGCUUGCAAAGUAGUUGAACACAACCCCCUAGAUCAUUCCUGCCCUGCAGAUAGAGGCAGAGGAAUGGGUGUCCUCAUGAAUGGGAUUCCUUCCCCUCCUUUGUGCAGAACUCAGUUAAAUGGGGUUUGUGCCCUGCAGCAGGUGAGAAGGUAGAACAGGAGCCCAGGUUGUAGAGCACUCACUCAACAGUUCUGACAGCUUUGUAAGUCUGUUUCCUCUGUGCUUUCCUGCCCCUACCUCCCCUCUGUGUAGCCUUGAAGAACAUUUGCCUUUCCAGAAUCUCUCAUCAGCCUUUCUCCCUCAUCAUUUGUAUUGACAGAAGGGCUCUGGUUUUCUCUUUGUGUCCUGUCCUUAGGUUUGCCAGUCUGACACCACUGUCCAGAGGGGCAGAGGGAGUUAGAUGAGCCUUACCACAAUGUGCUUCAGCACAGUGAUCCCUGCAUUAUGGUUAAACAUCCCUCUGGCUGUAAAUUAAAGCAUGGCAUUUCCUACAGGCUGCAAUUAGUAGCAGAAAAACAACCCUUUGUGAAAUAUGAGCUGGAGGAGCUGUAGGUACUGCUGCUGUCUGGCUUAUUGCUAGGGGUGAGGAGGCAUUUUUGCUUGCUUUCACAUGUCCCAAAAAUCAGCUGUUCUCCACUUAGCUUUGGUUACUGCUCCUACUCCCAGCCCAGCCAUCUGCUCCUUGUUUGGCAUUUCCAGUGGCUGCUGGAGGUGUCAAAACGUGGUUUGCUCCAGCUGUGCAGAAGUGCCACAGCCCAGUGCUGGUGCUUUU